AUGGUCUCUUCAAUUUCGAGGGUGGUUACCGCCCUUGGGCUUCUUUUAUCCACUGUCACUUCAUCUGCCGUACCUCAUAAAAGCCUCGCCCCCAGAACACCAGAGGUUCCUUGGAAGAACACUGGUCUCUUCAGUGGACACACCAAACGACAAGGAUAUGAGACUGCCUGUAAUCAUGGUCCAGAGUCAAGAGGAUGCUGGAUUGACGACUUCAACAUCGACACUGACAUGGAUGUUGAAUGGCCAGAUACUGGAAAGACAGUCAAGUAUCAUCUAACCAUCACCAAUACCACUGGAGCUCCAGAUGGUUUUGAAAGGCCGAUGUUCUUGAUCAAUGGCCAAUACCCAGGACCAACUAUUACCGCCAACUGGGGAGAUGUUCUAGAGAUCACAGUUACCAAUGGCCUUGAAAACAACGGCACAGGUAUACACUGGCACGGUCUGAGGCAACUCGGGACAAAUGAACAAGAUGGCGUAAAUGGUAUCACUGAAUGCCCAAUCGCACCCGGUGACUCCAAGCUCUACAGAUUCAAAGCAACUCAAUACGGCACUACCUGGUAUCACUCGCACUACUCCGUGCAGUAUGGUGACGGCAUCGUGGGUCCUCUGAUCAUAAAAGGACCCUCGACGGCGAACUACGAUAUUGAUCUUGGCGCUUUCCCAAUGACUGACUGGUUUCACGCAACCACUUUCACCGUCAACGCUGCAGCCGUUCAUGCAAAUGGCCCACCAACUGCUGACAAUGUCCUUGUCAAUGGCUCCAUGACCUCAUCUUUUGGCGGCAAGUACGCCGAGACAAUCCUAACUCCAGGAAAAUCUCACUUGCUGCGUUUGAUGAACGUUGGUAUCAACAACUACCUUCAUGUCGGCCUCGAUGGGCAUCAGUUCCAGGUCAUUUCGGCCGAUUUCACGCCCAUCGAACCCUUCUACACGGAUAGCUUGGUCCUUGCAGUCGGUCAACGGUAUGAAGUCAUCAUCAAUGCAACUGAAGCUGUGGGCAACUACUGGCUGCGUGUUGGUACUGGCGGUAGAUGCGAUGGUCCCAAUGCCAAUGCGGCAAAUAUCAGGAGUAUCUUCCGAUAUGCCGGUGCUCCAAAUGAAGACCCAGAUACGACUGGUUCACUUCCAUCGGGCUGCUACGAUGAGAAUGUUGUACCCUAUGCCAAGACGACUGUUCCUCAGGAGAUGCCUGAACAGCUGAGCGUGGGCUUCAACCCUAACUGGACUAGCGAUGUGACGCAGAAUCAGGGUUUAGUACAGUGGCUCGUCAACGGUAAUCCCAUGGGAGUUGAUCUUGAAGUCCCUACCUUGCAGUCGGUGUUGGAUGGCAAUGUUACCUACGGAAACAACCGCCACGUGUUUGCGGUCGACGAGAAACACCAAUGGCAAUACUGGGUCAUUCAACAAAACAGCUCCAACCCACCACUUCCUCACCCCAUCCACCUCCACGGCCACGACUUCUACGUCCUCGCACAGGUCGAGAACGCAGUCUGGAACGGAGAUAUUUCGACCCUGAAGACGGACAACCCCAUCCGCCGGGACACGGCUGAUCUUCCCGCUGGAGGCUACCUGGUCCUUGCUUUCGAGUCCGACAACCCUGGUGCAUGGCUCAUGCACUGCCACAUCCCCUUCCACGUUGCCGCCGGUCUCGGCGUCCAGUUCCUCGAGCGCGAAUCGGAAAUCAAGGCCCAAGAUGGAUACGCAGAGAUGCACAGGACAUGUGCUAACUGGCGGUCGUGGCGCUACAAGUACCAUCCCAAUGGCAUCUUGUUCCCUGGUGACUCUGGUCUGCGUCGUCGCUGGUGA